GAUACCUUCAUACAAAAAUCCAAGGACACUCAAGCAGUAACGCUUCUGUGGAAGGCAGGAGCAGUCAGCACGAAUAACUGUGUGUGUGUGAGAAAGAAGUUCGCUCCCUUUUCUGUGAAAAUGGGAAGAUGUCUUCUUUCAUCCACAGUUAUUCCUCCUUUGAGAACUCUUCUUCCUUCUGAUCCCCCUAAACUUGCAUUCCCCAAGAAUUUUAGCACACAUUCAGCGAUUUUUCAUUACGGGGUUUGUACAACUGGAGCCAAAACAAGUGGAGCAUUUUGUACAAAGGCUACUUUAUCUGAGGUGGGUAACAACAAGAAAGUGUACUCAAAGAUUGGUGCUGACUCAACUGGAAGUAUUCCCUCUAACGAGCUCCUCCAAGUAGUUGAAGCUGCUGCCAAGACUGGUGCUCAG